AUGCUUGUGUGUGUGCAGGAGUCCUCAGACAGCAGCAACACCACUGUGGAGGAUGAGGACGUGAAGGCCACCAAGUUCUCUGACCUGCUGGGUUGUGUGCGCCGGGGGUCUGGGCCUGUGUCGGACGGGGAGGGUGGAGCCAGUACCCCCCCUCCUGCAGCACUGUCCGCCCCCUCCCCCCCACACACCCCUGCCUUCCCCAUGCAGAUGUCUCGUCUCACAGACCUGGUGAGCAGCGUGCGCCGGGCGCCCCCCCCCCCAGCACCAGAGACAGAGGCCGCCCCCGUGGUCUCCAGGCCCACCCCCCCGCCGACACACCCCACCUCCCCCCCUCCCCCCCUGUCUCCCCCUCCCCCUCGGACCCCCCCAAGCCCCUCCCUCUCCUCACAGACACGUAAACAGGAGAUCAUCAAGAUCACUGAGCAACUGAUUGAAGCCAUCAACAACGGAGACUUUGAAGCUUACGCGAAGAUCUGUGAUCCUGGUCUGACCUCGUUUGAGCCAGAGGCUCUGGGCAACCUGGUAGAGGGCAUGGACUUCCACCGCUUCUACUUUGAGAACUUCCUGGCUAAGAACAGCAAGCCCAUCCACACCACCAUCCUCAACCCCCACGUCCACCUGAUCGGCGAGGACGCCGCCUGCAUCGCCUACAUCCGCCUCACCCAGUGUGUGGACGCCCAGGGCCGGCCGCGCUCCAGCCAGUCCGAGGAGACACGCGUCUGGCACCGCCGGGAGAGCAAGUGGCAGAACGUGCACUUCCACUGCUCUGGAGCGCCCGCAGCCCCUCUGCAGUGAGGGGGCGCAUGGCAGAGGCCUGGCCUGGCCAGAGUACUGUGCUGCAAAGAGAAGGAGGAAAAGAGAAGAAGGAGAAAGAUGGAGAAGGAGAGACGAAGGAGGGGAUUAGAAAGCUAGUCUGGGGUUGUUGUGGUUCAGUGCCCAGUGCCCCCACACCCACCCUCCCAGGCUUCCCUCCUAGCACACACACACACACACACGUCUCUACUUCUACAACUAUCGCCCCCUGUCUGUCGCCUGCACCACUGCACCUAAACACCCCAAUCCACGACAACACCCCCCUCUCCUCUUCCUCCCUCUCCCUCACUAACCCCACUGACCGAUCCCAGAACAUGACCCAGUAUUCUGCUGUGCUGUCAGGGGUUUUUAGAGGGGGGAGGGAGGGGGUGUUGAGGUUCCAGUGUACACCUGGUUCUUCCUCACUCCCCUCUCUGACCCCUCCUCAUCCUCUCCCGAAUCCAAACCUGUGUCGUGUUAACAGCGCACAGGACAUACAGUAUGUAAAGUUUUAGGUGAAAUUGAUUAUUAUUAUUAUUAAGGAAUAUUAUUAUAAUUAACACAAAUAUCUAUAUUAUUCAUCUUAUUAUUAUUUGCAACUGUAUAUGUAUUUUGUAUCAUUCUGAAUCCUUGAUGGUUUCUAGAGUUGAAGAACACUGUUUCGUUUUUUCUCUUUUUAAGGACGCAUGAUUUUUCCGGUAUUCACGGUGGCUGUUUUUUUAUUGUGGCUAUUAAGUGAAACAAUAUAUAUGCUAUUGGCAGUUUUGUAUUGGCUUCUUGUAUACUAUAGUAUGCCUAAGCUCAUGUUUAAGUAAAAACUAUUCAAUGGGGAUGGGAUAUCUGUUUGACUAGGUGUCUGUGAAUGUGUGAGUGAGUAAGAGUGUGUGUGUGUGACGUUGUAAGCACAAGACGAUGAUGUGUGUUUGUCCAGGGAUAUUGAGGAGGCAGAUUGAGGUUUUCCUGUUUGAGAAUGUGAAUAGGCCAGAGAGCUUGGUUUGGUGUCUUCCACUGUCAAAUCAUUAUUUAACUGUUUGAAAGAAAAAAUUUACAUAACAGUAUACUGGCUGUAUUUAUCGUUAAGCUACUUUAUUCUUGGUUUAUUUAUUUUGUAUUUUGCCUUUUUUGUGUUCACUCAAACCCCAUCUGAGGACAGCAAGACCCUUUUGCUCUGGUGUUCAGCUGUUGUUUAUAAAUGUCCUCUGCUCUGUAGCGCCCCUAGUGGUUGGAGGAAGUGCAGAGUCUGAGAGAUCUUUGUAGUAGAGUUAGUUUGUCUGGAGAGAUGGGGGCUGUGGCGGAUUUUGUGAGCUCAUGGCACAUCCUUGUGUGUGUGUUAACUUUUUAACUUUUUCGCUUUUGUCUCAGUGUUCUGGUUGCUGUUGCUCAUUUUAGAGCAAUGAUAUGCGCCUUAGGUCUGACAUUUUGAAAGCAGUGUGUGUGUGUGUUUGUAUGUGUGUGUGUGAAGGGAACCCCCAUGCCUCCUGUGUGGGGUUAUCUGUGAGACGUGGGAGAGAGGGAAGUUAGGGGAGAAGGUUUGAUUUCAGGGGACGUCGAGCCCUCUGUCUUUACCCCAGCACUGACUCCUCCUGUAGGCCUGGUCUUUGUUUCACAUGUUUCAUAUCUUCCUUUUUGACUUGUGUUAUAAUGGAGUGGUAUCUUGUUUUAUCAUCAUGUCUGUGCCUGAGUCAGGAAGGAGGGACAGAUGUUUUAGACUUGCUCACAGCCCUUUAGCCAUUGGCUGCCUUCAUGGGGGUCUUGUCGCAAUUGGCUGAUUAUACGAUUCUGAGAGAGGCUAUUGAAGUGAAGCCUUCUCAUUGGGCAGGCAGACGGUCAGCUGGUUUGGUUAGUCCUCAGGUUCAUAUUUAUUGUGAUUAUUUAUUUCUUUGAUCAGACAUUUGAUUGUGCUUUUCUUAAGUUUCUCUUUGUUUUUCCCGCAACGCACUGCUCCUGCACGUGUGCAAACACCGUCCCUUCAAGAUGAAAAGGACCUAUCAGGACCUCUCAUGCCAAACUCAAACUAACAACAUGACGUUUGUGUUGUCUGUGGACUAUCCUUUUAGACGUCCUGUAGGUGUGCAUCCUAGUUUCCCUCAGACUGUGUCCUGUGUCUUGGUGUCACUCCAACCCUUCUGUCCAGGAUGGGGGUUCAUCUUGGAUGAGCUCGGGGAGAAGUGGGCUCUCCUCACACCCAGAACACUCCCUCUUUCUCAUUGGCCGGCCUGGUCACUUCCUGAUCCCGCAUGGAGGUCAGAGGUCAUCAGGAGACACUGAUGAGUCAUGGUUCUGACUAGACAUGUGAACCUCCCUCCACAAGAAGAAGCACGUAUAAAGAUGCUGUUGUUUCUGUUUCUUUAAGGUGUGUUUACUAGCCCUGGAAAGCAUUAUCACAAGACACACGUGUUUUACAAGAGGAAGCGUUCAGUAUCAUGAACGACAAGCCCCUAUUUAGCUGGCCUUUUCUUUGCAUGAUAGUCGAUGGGACACUAGUUUUUGGUGUUUGUUUGUUUUGUUUUUCAUUUUCUACGGAAUGCUGGUGUACUAAACCUUUCUCUAUCUAUUUUCUCCGCUUUUUAAGUGCAUACAACUAUUGUGGUCUCAAGAUGAUUUGAUGAAAAUGAUUGUUACACGGAUUGCUAUAGUGACAAGAUGGAAAAUGAUGAUAUUGAUGAUGAUAUUUAUGUAAUGAUGAUU